AUGCUCCAAGCGCAGAGCCAACACGUUUUUUCCCACCAGCAUCAGUACCCUCAGGGUGAUCCCUCGUGGAUACAGCAUCAGCAACAGCAGCAACCACAACAGCACCACCAGCAACAGCAGCAUCAACAGCACCAACAGCAGCACGCCCUCGCCCAGCAGCAUGCUCAGGCGGCUCAUCAGGCCCAGGCUGCCGCUGCAGCACACUAUGGUCGCAUUAACAUGAACAACAACGGCUCCACAAAUUCUGCGCAGGGUGCUGGUGCUGGCGGAAUGGGUGCCGACAGCCUGGCCAACUCGGCUGCCGUCAUGGACGGCGGAAUCAGCGAGGAGAAUCGCAAAGUCUUCCUCUGGGUAGCAGAGCUUCUGGACCCGGUCCGUCGGGAGGCAGCGCUGAUGGAACUCAGCAAGAAGCGGGAACAAGUCCCUGAGCUGGCUCUGGUGAUCUGGCAUUCAUUCGGUGUUAUGACUUCUCUGCUUCAGGAAAUCAUUUCCGUUUACCCUCUUCUAAACCCUUCGCAGUUGACUGCCGCCUCAUCAAACCGAGUCUGCAAUGCGCUGGCGCUCUUGCAGUGUGUCGCUUCCCAUAAUGAGACUCGCACACUCUUCUUAAGCGCUCAUAUUCCCCUGUUCCUCUACCCAUUCCUCAAUACGACAUCGAAAUCUCGUCCGUUCGAAUAUCUUCGUCUGACCUCUCUUGGUGUCAUUGGAGCGUUGGUCAAGAACGAUUCAUCUGAAGUGAUUAACUUCCUCCUAACUACUGAGAUCAUUCCUCUAUGUCUUCGUAUCAUGGAGACUGGAUCCGAGCUGAGCAAGACUGUGGCAAUUUUCAUCGUUCAGAAGAUUCUUUUGGACGAUCUUGGCCUGGCAUAUAUUUGCGCAACCUACGAGCGCUUUUAUGCAGUCGGCACAGUCCUCAGCAAUAUGGUCACUCAGCUGGUGGAGCAACAGACAGUGCGACUUCUCAAGCAUGUUGUGCGCUGCUUCCUUCGCCUGAGUGAUAAUAGCCGCGCCCGCGAGGCUUUGCGACAGUGUCUUCCCGAGCCCCUUCGAGAUGCGACAUUCUCUUCGGUUCUCCGUGACGACGCAGCCACUAAGCGCUGCCUGGCUCAGCUCCUGAUCAACUUAUCAGACAACGUAUCCGAUGGAGCCCCGGCGGCCAUGUAA